AUGGUGGUGGCAGAGUUCGAAGACGUGGAACCGGAUGCCCUAUACGAUGUACUCCACGACCCAGAGUACAGGUCUGUGUGGGACACACAUAUGCUGGCCGCGGAGGAUGCUGGGCAUAUCAAUGUUAACAACGACGUUGGAUACUACGCCAUGUCAUGUCCAGCACCCCUCAAGAACCGAGACUUCGUGCUGCAGCGGUCGUGGCUGGACACUGGCGACGAGAAGAUGAUCCUGAACCACUCCGUCUUCCACAAGGACUAUCCGCCAAGAAAGGGAUAUGUGAGAGCUGUCUCUCUGCUAACGGGGUUCGUGGUGCGGACGCGGUCUGGUGCUGGAAGCUGGCUUGGAUACGUCUCCAGAUCGGACCCUAGGGGAGCUCUGCCAGCCUGGUUGGUUAACAGGGUGACAGCGCAACUGGCACCUCGCCUAGUACAGCAGCUGCAUGCAGCCGCUCGUCGGUACCCUGGCUGGAAGGCGCUCACAGACCUGCCCUACCACAAACCCUGGAGACACCCUGAACAGGUCCCGCCGCAUAGAAUCUCUUUGGAUGAUUGCGUUGACCCCGACGCGCCACCACCGCCCGAAGAACCAAAGCCAGACACAUCCAAAGGGAAACUAGAAGUGCCACAUCCCAAAGAAAUAGAGAGCCACAGCGUGGAAGACCUCGGCGACAUAUCUUCAGAGUUCAGCGUAGAAGUUGAAGAAGAUAACCUUGACCACACAACAGACCCAAAAAAGAAAGGCAAAUUCUACAGACUUGUAAAAUCUAUGAAGAAUAGAAGGAAAAGUGUUCAGGUAGCCAAGAGUGCUGAUAACUUGGCUGAUAAGCCUUUGGAAGAACGGCAUGAGAAAAAGAAAGGGUUUAAGUUUCAUAGGAGGUUUAGCCUGAGUCGUGGGAGGGAAGAUUGAGCUUAUACGCGUUGUGACUUAGAGCGAUAGGGUUUGUGUAUUGGUUUUGAACUACGUGAUGACGAUUCCAGUAAUUUGACAUCUAUGGCAAAUUGUGACAGUUUUAUUUUUCGAUUUUCAAGUUCAUGUCAAAGAAGGUAAGGUUGAAAUUCGAUUAUCGAAAUCCAAAACUUAUACAUACAUGGUGUUCUUUUUUUAAAAUUGUGAGUAGGUAAUAUAAAAUGACUCACUUGGUGUUUUACGAACAAGCUCGAAAUCCUUAUCACGUGGUUCAAAAACAAUUUUAAUUGUUUAAAGAGAUAAGAAAUGUUUCCCUUGACAUGCCAAACAAUUGUUUUUAUUAUUAUUUUGUUUACAGUACAGUUGGUUAAUCCUAUUUGACUGUACUCUUAGCCCUUUUUAAUUACUACUAGCAAUGACGAAAUUUAAUUAGGUGGCGCUUAUUUAUAAAGCCUUUGUAACAAGAAAACCUUUG